AUACGCGGACUCGGGCGUCUGAUGCGCCUUUUGCCCUAGUGGAAGACCCUCGAGGAAAGCCAAGAAACGAGUCAAUUAGCCGGCUCGCCCUUUUCUCUGUUCCCGUUUCGCAGGUCCUUCGAGUCGAAGAAACCCCUUUUCUCCGUUCCCCUUUCGCAAAUCUUUCGAGUCGAGGGAACAAACGCCAGGCGGAAGCCUUCGUAGUUAUCCGCUCUCCCAUCUAGUUGGAGGCGGAUCGACUUGGACGGGUGGUUUGAGCUUUGAUUUCAUGUAUUGAGUUGGGGAUUUGGAUCGGAAGGUUUUGGUCGGAAGAUGUCGAAGGUGGGGGCAAACUGGGAGCGGCUGGUGCGGGCGGCCCUGCGGGGGGAACGGGGAGGUGCUGGUGUGCAAGGGCUGCCCCCGACUGGCAUCGCGGGGAAUGUCCCGUCCUGUCUAGCUAACAACUUGCACAUCGAAGAGAUACUUAGAGCAGCUGAUGAGAUCCAAGAUGAGGACCCGAAUAUCGCUAGAAUAUUGUGUGAGCAUGCAUACUCGCUCGCCCAAAACUUGGAUCCCAAUAGCGAGGGCAGAGGCGUGCUCCAGUUCAAGACUGGUUUGAUGUCGGUCAUAAGGCAAAAACUUGCAAAGAGGGAUGGUGGAAGCAUAGAUCGUAGCCAGGAUAUUGCUCGCCUGCAAGAAUUUUAUAAGCUGUACAGGGAGAAGCAAAAAGUAGAUGAGUUGCGUGAGGAUGAAAUGAAGCUGAGGGAAUCGGGUGUUUUCAGCGGUAACCUUGGAGAGUUGGAACGAAAGACUGUGAAAAGAAAGAAAGUAUUUGCAACUCUAAAGGUCUUGGGAACAGUAGUUGAGGAGCUAACGAAGGAGAUUGCUCCUGAAGAUGCAGAAAAAUUGAUAUCUGAAGAGAUGAAACGGGUGAUGGAAAAAGAUGCAGCAAUGACAGAGGAUGUAAUUGCUUAUAAUAUCAUUCCAUUGGAUGCACCAUCUAUAGCAAAUGUUGUUGCCUCUUUCCCUGAGGUAAAAGCAGCGGUAUCAGCUUUGAAGUACUUCAGUGAGCUGCCUGAGCUGCCUCAUGAUUUUUAUAUUCCUGCUUCAAGAAAUGCUGAUAUGCUCGACUUUUUGCAAUAUGUUUUUGGAUUUCAGAAGGACAAUGUCUGUAACCAGCGCGAACAUAUAGUUCACCUUCUUGCUAAUGAGCAGUCUCGACUUCGCAGACUUCCAGGCAGCGAGCCGAAAAUAGAUGAAGGUGCUGUUCAUAUCGUAUUUUUGAAGUCUCUUGAGAACUAUAUAAAGUGGUGCAACUAUCUGCCUCUCCACCCAGUUUGGAACAAUGUGCAAUCAUCAAGCAAAGAAAAGAAGUUGUUGUUUGUUUGUCUAUACUAUCUGAUAUGGGGAGAGGCUGCGAAUGUUAGAUUUCUUCCCGAGUGCUUAUGUUACAUAUUUCAUCAUAUGGCAAGAGAGCUAGAGGAAAUAUUGCGUCAACAGGUCAUGCAACCAGCCAAAAGCUGUGUUUCUCCUAAUGGAGUAUCAUUUCUUGAUCAAGUUAUUUCUCCUCUAUAUGAAGUUCUAGCAUCUGAAGCUGCAAAUAAUGACAACGGGCGAGCACCGCAUUCGGCUUGGAGAAACUAUGAUGAUUUUAAUGAGUUCUUCUGGUCUCUUAACUGUUUUCAACUUAGCUGGCCUUGGCGACUUAGUUCACCAUUUUUUUGCAAGCCCAGUAAGAAGACCAAGAAUUUGUCGUCUGUUGGUAGAAGUAAGCGUUAUGGCAAAACAUCUUUCGUGGAGCACCGAACUUUUCUUCACCUUUACCAUAGUUUUCAUCGCCUGUGGAUGUUUCUUUUUCUGAUGUUCCAGGGAUUGACUAUUGUUGCCUUCGAAAAUGGUCAUCUGAAUUUGGAAACCAUCAAACUGGUUCUUAGUCUGGGCCCUACAUACGUUGUAAUGAAAUUUUUUCAAAGUGUACUGGACAUUCUGAUGAUGUAUGGUGCUUAUUCAACAUCUCGUCGUUCAGCUGUUACCCGAAUAUUUUGCCGCUUCUUUUGGUUUUUGGCUGCGUCAUUGGUUGUUUGUUACCUAUAUGUGAAAGCACUCCAGGAGGGAUCUAAUUCCUUUUUUUUCAGGAUAUAUGUCUUUGUAGUAGGCAUAUAUGCUGCGUGCAAACUCUUUCUUAGCAUUCUCUUGCAUAUCCCAUUUUGCCAUCGUUUGACUGAGCCAUGUGAUCGUUGGUCUGUUAUGCGCCUUGCCAAGUGGAUGCACCAGGAACACUACUAUGUGGGACGUGGAAUGUAUGAGCGUACCACCGACUAUGUCAAAUAUAUGCUCUUUUGGCUCGUGGUAUUUGGUGCAAAAUUUUCAUUUGCCUAUUUUCUCCAGAUCAAGCCGCUGGUUUCACCAACAAAGGUUAUUGUUAACUUUACAGGCUUACAAUAUUCGUGGCAUGAUUUGGUAUCUAGACAUAACCAUAAUGCACUGACAGUUCUUAGUUUAUGGGCACCAGUGGUUUCAAUUUACCUUUUGGAUAUUUAUGUGUUCUACACCUUAUUUUCGGCUGCCUAUGGGUUCUUACUUGGGGCUCGAGAUCGCUUGGGGGAGAUUAGAUCUGUGGAAGCUGUCCACAAACUUUUUGAGAAGUUUCCUGAAGCAUUUAUGGACAAACUUCAUACUGGUCUUCCCGAAAGGAAUCAGCUACGUUCCUCUGGUCAGGAAGCAGAGUUGAAUAAGUUUGAUGCUGCUAGAUUUGCUCCCUUCUGGAAUGAAAUUAUACAAAAUUUACGAGAAGAGGAUUAUAUUACUAAUUUUGAGAAGGAUUUACUUCACAUGCCCAAAAAUUCUGGGCUUCUUCCAAUGGUCCAGUGGCCCCUAUUUUUGCUUGUUAGCAAGAUAUUUCUUGCCAGAGAUAUUGCACUUGAGUGUAAGGAUUCACAGGAUGAUCUCUGGUUCAGAAUUACUAGGGAUGAGUACAUGAAAUAUGCGGUUCAGGAGUGCUAUCACAGUAUUAAGGUUAUAUUGAUUUCUAUACUGGAGAAGGAAGGAUGCAUGUGGGUGGACAGGAUAGAUGAAGCUAUCAAGGAAAGUAUAAGGAAAAAGAUUGUUCAAACUAACCUUCAGCUGAGCAAACUGCCACUUGUAAUUUCCAGAAUUACUGCAUUGACUGGUGUGCUGAAAGGAAGGGAGUCCUCUGAAUUGAGAAAAGGAGCUGUCAAGGCUAUGCAAGAUCUUGAGGAUGUGAUUCGUCAUGAUGUUCUAACUCUUGAUAUGAGUGGAAACAUUGAUGCCUGGAGUCAGAUAAAUAAAGCUAGAGGUGAAGGUCGCCUCUUCGACAAUAUAAAGUGGCCUGAGGAUCCUGAAUUGAAAGAAUUGGUCAAGAGAUUGCAUUCACUGUUGACCAUCAAGGAAUCUGCUGCGAAUAUCCCGAAAAACUUGGAGGCUCGGCGUAGGCUAGAGUUUUUCACAAAUUCUCUAUUUAUGCGAAUGCCUCAAGCCAGGCCAGUUUCUGAAAUGUUAUCAUUCAGUGUCUUUACUCCAUAUUACUCUGAGAUUGUGCUUUAUAGCUUACCUGAACUCCAGAAGAGGAAUGAGGAUGGGAUAUCCAUUCUGUUUUACCUUCAAAAGAUUUUUCCAGAUGAGUGGAAGAACUUUCUGUCUCGGAUAGAAAAAGAUGAAAAUGCACAAGAAUCUGAACUUUUAAAAGAUCCAAAAGAUAUUUUAGAGCUUCGGUUUUGGGCAUCAUAUCGCGGGCAAACCUUAGCAAGGACUGUACGUGGGAUGAUGUACUAUAGAAAAGCUCUUAUGCUCCAAAGUUAUUUGGAGAGGAUUAUUUCGGAAGAUCCAGAAGCUGCACUUUCUGGGAGUGAUAUAACAGAAACUCAAGGGUUUCACUUGUCUCCUGAAGCUCGUGCACAGGCAGAUUUGAAAUUCACAUAUGUUGUAACAUGUCAAAUUUAUGGCAGACAGAAGGAAGAACGAAAGCCAGAAGCUGCAGAUAUUGCAUUGCUAAUGCAGCGGAAUGAAGCUCUUAGAGUUGCUUAUAUCGAUUUUGUCGAGAAUGUUAAGGAUGGUAAACUCCAAACUGAGUAUUACUCAAAACUUGUCAAAGCUGAUAUCCGUGGAAACGAUAAGGAAAUUUAUUCUAUUAAAUUGCCUGGAGAUCCAAAGCUUGGUGAGGGGAAACCUGAAAAUCAAAACCAUGCUAUAAUAUUCACUCGUGGAAAUGCAGUUCAGACUAUAGAUAUGAAUCAGGAUAAUUAUUUUGAAGAAGCGUUGAAGAUGAGAAAUCUUCUCGAGGAGUUCCAUUGUGACCAUGGUCUUCGUAAACCAACAAUUCUUGGUGUUAGGGAACGUGUCUUUACGGGAAGUGUCUCAUCUUUAGCUUCAUUCAUGUCCAACCAAGAAACAAGCUUUGUGACUCUUGGUCAGCGUGUUCUUGCUAACCCAUUAAAAGUUCGAAUGCAUUACGGCCAUCCAGAUGUUUUUGACAGAAUUUUUCAUAUAACAAGAGGUGGUAUCAGCAAGGCUUCUCGCAUUAUAAACAUUAGUGAGGAUAUAUAUGCUGGAUUCAAUUCAACAUUGCGCCAAGGCAAUAUUACUCAUCAUGAGUACAUUCAGGUUGGAAAAGGGAGAGAUGUUGGGUUAAAUCAGAUUGCAUUGUUUGAAGGGAAAGUAGCUGGUGGCAAUGGUGAACAAGUUCUUAGCAGGGAUGUUUACAGACUUGGGCAGCUCUUUGAUUUUUUCCGCAUGAUGUCCUUCUAUGUUACAACUGUUGGAUUCUAUUUUUGCACAAUGCUAACAGUGCUGACCAUUUAUAUAUUCCUAUAUGGGAAAACAUAUCUGGCUGUUGUCAGCUUUAUCACAAUGCAGCUGCAGCUUUGCUCUGUCUUCUUCACUUUCUCUCUGGGAACAAGGACACAUUAUUUUGGUCGUACAAUACUCCAUGGGGGUGCAAGGUAUCGUGCAACUGGAAGGGGUUUUGUUGUUCGCCACAUCAAGUUUUCAGAGAAUUAUAGGAUUUACUCUCGUAGCCAUUUUGUAAAAGGGCUAGAAGUUGUGCUUUUGCUAGUCGUAUUCCUUGCAUAUGGUUAUAACAAAGGCGGAGCUCUGUCGUACAUCUUGCUUUCAAUUAGUAGUUGGUUCAUGGCACUUUCAUGGCUUUUUGCUCCUUAUUUAUUCAAUCCAUCGGGGUUUGAGUGGCAGAAGACAGUGGAGGACUUUCGAGAUUGGACAAAUUGGCUACUUUAUAGAGGUGGGAUUGGUGUGAAGGGAGAGGAAAGCUGGGAGGCUUGGUGGGACGAGGAAUUGGCACACAUACGAACGCUACGUGGGAGGAUUUUAGAGACGGUCUUGAGCUUAAGAUUUUUUAUCUUCCAAUAUGGCAUUGUGUACAAACUGCAGUUAACUGGCAAAGAUACUUCUUUCACGGUAUACUGGUUGUCAUGGAGUGUGUUAGCUGUGUUAUUUUUCCUUUUCAAGGUGUUUACCUUCAGCCAGAAGGCAUCUGUAAAUUUCCAAUUGGUGCUACGACUCAUCCAAAGCAUCUCAUUCUUGCUUGUAUUAGCUGGUCUAGCUGUUGCAGUUGUGCUUACAGACCUUUCUGUGGUAGACAUCUUUGCUUGCAUCCUUGCAUUUGUCCCAACUGGGUGGGGAAUCCUUUCUAUUGCUGUGGCAUGGAGGCCUCUCAUAAAGAAGCUACAUCUAUGGAAAUCGGUGCGCUCUCUGGCUCGUCUAUAUGAUGCUGGGAUGGGAAUGUUCAUCUUUGUUCCUAUAGCCAUCUUUUCAUGGUUUCCCUUCGUGUCCACUUUCCAAACUAGGCUUCUAUUCAACCAGGCAUUUAGCAGAGGUUUGGAGAUCUCUCUAAUUCUUGCUGGAAACAAUCCUAACACUGGGCUAUAACGCAUCAAUUGUUGUAGGUUGCUGCUUAGGUUAUCUACUGGAUCCGUGAGAGUUAAGAUGAUAAUUUUUAUGUGUGUUUAGCAUUAGUUUGGUGUAUAUUGUAUGUCAGAACAUCAGAUGAUGGAAGCAUAUGCAGAUGUCAAUUUAAUAUCUUAUCCCAGUUCGUAAAUAGAAGACGGUCUUAUUUUCGGACCCAAAUUUUUGGCAUUCUGGUA